GACAAGCCAUAUCUGAAUGUGUAUUUUACGUGAUGACUUGAAGCGGAAACUGAAAGUUUAGACGUGAUUGUGCGUGCACGAUGGGGAAUGGGUAAUUUCAUGUUGAAUGUUUGGAGUAAAAUAUAAGAACAAAUACUGAUUCCACCGUUUUAAACCUUUUUAGAAAUGAUGUCCCACUCAUUUAUAGAAGAUAGAAGAUUAUUUGCACUACAUUGUAAAAUCUUGGAUUUGUGGUACGUGGAGACUGCCACCGCGUGAAGUAUAUAUCCUAAAUAUGAGAGUAAAAAUAAAGUUAACGACACACAUACACAUUUUCUCUUCAUUAUUUCUGCCAGAGGCUUUCUAAUUGAAUUAGAGUAGUGCGACCAUUGGCUAUGGAGAGGGCUGUUGCCCCCGCAUGCUUCUCCAAAAGCUCCUCCCCUCUCGCUUACAAUCAGUAGAGUGUGUGGAGAAAUACAUUUUAUAAGAGCCGCUGAACAUCCCAUGUUCAGCCCAUAAUCUGAUCUGAAAAUCCGUAGGUAAGGAGAAGGUUUAACCUCCUUCCAUCAUUCGUAAGGGAGGGAGGCGUGCAGAGACAGAAACAACACGGGCACCGGUGGUUGUGUCGCCUCCUUGGCUGAGAUUCACUCUCUGGAAACUCUUGAAACUCUUCUUAUUUAUUGCAAGAUCUAAACAAUGCAGCUAGAGAACAUCCUUCCCAGCGCCAGCAUCAAUUUACCCAAGACCUUUUACAAUCUUUCCUCGUCGGACAGUGCCAACAACAGCCCGAGGCCAUCAUCGCAGCUUGACUAUCAAGAAGUCGACCGGACGGAAUCAGAGUCCAGCAGCGCUACUAAGAAAUAUCUGAGCGGGGUGGGAAACGGGAUGCUGGGUGAGGGAGAGGGGGACACUUUCACUAAAACCGGGCCUGAUGGGAGGAAAGGCUCCCCGGUGCUCGGUGAGGACGAGUUGACGAGCGGUCGGCGUUACAACAUAGACGAACUUGGCUCUGACAGAUACUUCAUCUCGUCUUCCCAGGCGGCUUCCGACAUGGCAAGCCCCUGUUCCCUCUUUCCCUACGCAGGACAAACCGGGUCGGUGUAUACCGGGUCCAGCGGCUCCAGGUACCCGUCUUCACUUCAUUACGGAUCCGUCCUGCCGCCAACGGGCUUCUCCUCCUCGUCCGUGUGCACCGGCCGGAGCCAGUUUAGCAGCGGAGGGUACCAGUUCAGCCAGGGUCCGGGCUGUUUGUACCCCUCUUAUCCCGGGACGGGGACGGGUAUUGGAUCCAUGUCUCUCCCGGGGUCUGCCGCCGGAGCCAGAGCGCAGGUCUAUCUGUGCAACCGGCCUCUGUGGCUGAAAUUCCACCGGCACCAGACCGAGAUGAUCAUCACCAAACAGGGCAGACGGAUGUUCCCAUUCCUCAGUUUCAACAUCACUGGACUCAACCUCACGGCCCAUUACAAUGUCUUUGUAGAAGUUAUUUUGGCUGACCCGAAUCACUGGCGCUUUCAGGGAGGAAAGUGGGUCACUUGUGGAAAAGCUGACAAUAAUAUGCAAGGCAACAAAAUGUAUGUUCAUCCUGAAUCUCCAAACACUGGUGCUCACUGGAUGAGGCAAGAAAUCUCUUUUGGCAAGUUGAAGCUCACCAACAACAAAGGGGCCAACAACAACAACACACAGAUGAUAGUUUUGCAGUCACUUCAUAAAUACCAACCGCGACUGCACAUCGUGGAGGUGACGGAAGACGGAGUGGAGGACAUGAGCAACGAGGCCAGAACUCAAACCUUCACCUUCCCAGAGAACCAGUUUAUAGCCGUCACUGCUUACCAGAACACAGAUAUCACACAGCUGAAGAUAGAUCACAACCCAUUUGCAAAAGGCUUCCGGGACAAUUAUGACUCGAUGUACACAGCCCCAGAGAGUGACAGGUUGACUCCAUCGCCUACAGACUCCCCACGCUCCACCCAAAUUGUGCCAGGGGCCCGCUACGCCAUGCAGCCUUUCUUUCAGGACCAGUUUGUCAACAACCUGCCUCAGAACCGCUUCUACGCCAGUGAACGGGCCGUCCCUCAAACCAACAGCCUUCUCUCCACGCAGAGUGACGACAUCAGCGCCGCCGCCUCUGCCCAGCGCUGGUUUGUCCCCCCAGUCCAGCAGCCCGGCUCCAACAAGCUGGAUCUGGGCUAUGAGAAUGACUAUUCCACCAGUAGCCUGCUGUCCUACGGCAUCAAGCCCCUUUCCCUGCAGACGUCUCACGCCCUCAGCUACUAUCCAGACUCGGCCUUCGCCUCCAUGGCGGCAGGCUGGGGCACCAGAAGCUCUUACCAGCGCAAGAUGACCACGGGCCUGCCCUGGUCCCCUCGCCCAAGCCCCCCAGCCUUCACAGAGGACCAGCUGGGGGCUACAAAAGACAAGCUGCCCGAGGAGAACGCGCCGCCAGCAUCUUCCUGGAUCGAGACGUCCCACUCACUGAAAUCUGUGGACUCUAGCGAUUCUGGUGUGUACUCCGUGGUGUGCAAGAGGCGCAGGAUGUCCCCUGGGGGCUCAAGCACAGAGAACUCCCCAACCAUCAAGUGUGAGGACUUGACUACGGAAGAGUACAACAAGGACAACCCAAAAGGCAUGGGUUAUUAUGCAUUCUACACAAGCCCCUAAGACUAUUUAUUGAAACUGAAUAAAAUUCUUCUGUUUAUUACUUGAGUGCUCUCCAGUUCCCUGUUAAUGUCUUUUUUCUCUUUUCUCUAAAGGUGCCAAAGCUUAGUGUUCCCCCAAGCAAGCUGCACAAGGUUAUUUUCCCAGGCCAGCCCCUCUCACAUACCUGAGCAGAAACAUGCAUAGUGAUUGUUGUUUUUGAAAAAGCAUGUCCCUUUUUAUUCAUUUUAUUUUUACAACUUUUUAUUUUUUACAAAUGUGAUUUUUAUUUUUAUUUUCUCCCUGCGUAUUUAAGUCAUUUUCGUUGUACAGUAUUCGUGCACUUUAGAAUGUGAUGUAUCUUGUACAAAUUGUCUUCAUGGAGGUGUUAUUAAAUGGCUAAUAAAACAGCUUUUCACAAAGCACUAUCCAAA